AUGGACGUAUAUGUCCAGAUCAUGGGCCUGGACUCAGGGAAGAUGCGCAGAGUCAAGGUGCUACUUGAUAGUGGUUGCAGUACCUGUUGCAUCGAUACUGACUAUGCGCAGGCAGAAAAACUGGAUAUCCAAGAACUUCCGCAACCUAUUGUGGCUCGUAACACCGACAACACCGAAAACAUCAGCAGUUGGAUCACGCAUUACGUCGACCUAAGGAUGAGAAUUGGUCCUCAUGUGGAGACAUGCACGUUCCUUCUGACGUGUCUAGGGAAAUGUCAGGGGAACCCCCGCUUUGGACCAAUCAGCCUGGGAUCUGGCAUGUGA